AUGAAGCCCAAAACAACACCAAGAAAGAGGUAUUCCGCAAAGAAUGCCUCCUUAGUUACUCUACUAAUAGUAUUAACACUGUACUUGUAUUUGAACAAGGACAUAAUAGAAUCAAAAUACCAUCGUAAUGACAAAUUUAAGGAUACGCAUGCUGUAACAGCAGACACAACUAAUCUACACACACUAAGGAUUAAGGAGAUACAUUUUAGACCAUUUAAUAGCACUGGAAGAAGGAAGUAUGGCCAGGUCAUUUUGACCCCAGAGCUUGUAGCUGAUGCUAAAGAUCGUUUCAGUGAGGCUGUGUCUGUUUCGGGAUCAAGAAGCGAGGGGCAAGAAGAAGACGAUGCGUAUGAUACUAAACUAUGGAGCAAGUCUGACUCUAACCCUUGGACACAUGAAUUCAAGCUAAAACAACAAACCAUACAGAUGACAAGGAUGGCUUAUAGAGAUCCAGAUUAUGUGGAAUCAUUCCUAGACUUCGCCAAUGAAAAUCCAACCAUGGCACAGAAAGUCCAUUUGGAAUGGGUUGAUGAAAAUGUUUUGGCACCAAACGUCACGGAUAAAGACACCAUCAUUUCCUUGGCACUAAUGUCAUCAAAUGCAUAUGUGCCGUUACCAUUCGAGGGCGAUUGGCGCAAUAUAAGUGGUUGGGAUCAUGAUGCCAACCCGGAUUUUCCGGAUGGUAUUGGAUGGGAUGCUGAUGGUGUUCGAGGUCACAUUUUCACAAAUGAGGAUUCUAGCGUGGUAGUAAUAGCUAUAAAGGGAACAAGUGCUCAGGGACUUCCAGGUUCGGGUGACGAUGCAACGACCGAAAACGAUAAGCUUAACGAUAACCUUCUAUUCUCAUGUUGUUGCGCAAGGGUCAGCUAUUUAUGGACAACUGCCUGUGACUGCUAUGUUAAGUCCUACACAUGCGAUGAGACGUGUCUAGAAAAAGAACUGAAUCGAAAAGACCGUUACUAUCAAGCUGUGCUCGAUAUAUACCGUACAGUAAUAGAAGAUCACCCAAAUGCAGCCAUUUGGAUUACAGGUCAUUCAUUAGGCGGAGCUUUGGCAAGUUUAUUAGGCCGUACAUUUGGUGCACCUGCUGUUGCUUUUGAAGCUCCUGGUGAGCUAUUGGCAACAAGAAGGUUGCAUUUACCUAUUCCGCCAGGACUUCCAUCAUAUCAAGAAGGUAUUUGGCACAUUGGCCACACGGCAGAUCCAAUAUUCAUGGGAACAUGUAAUGGUGCAAGUUCGUCUUGCUCCAUAGCUGGGUAUGCAAUGGAAACAAGUUGCCAUUCCGGGAAAGUAUGCAUAUACGAUGUUGUAACAGAUAAGGGUUGGCAUGUGAAUAUGUUAAACCAUAGGAUUCAUACUGUGAUUGAUGGCGUGUUAAACGACUACGAGAAUGUGGCAAAAUGCGAGGUACCAGAACCAUGUAACGAUUGUUUUAACUGGAAAUAUAUCAGAGGCAGAGAUGAACCCCAUAGCUCAUCAGUGACCUCUUCUUCUUCCGCUACCAAUAAGAAACCAACCACAUCCGUAUUUACGUCUACAACUUCACUUACUGCAACUACUUCAUCAGCGGAAAAAACUACUUCUAGCUGCAUAGGGCGGAAUUGGAUAGGUAUUUGCACCAGGUACGGUAUUUGA